AUGCCUGAGGAUGAAAUUCAUGCAGUGGCCAGAAAAUCCCUCCUUCUCGAGGUGGCCUCAAGAAGAGCGGGGGCCAAAGCUUGCAUCCACUCGCUGGGCACCCAUCGAUGCCUGGAGGAUGAAGUCACUGGCGUCCGAUCAGUGUCCAGUGCGGCUCAGGAGGGCACAUGCAAGGGCGUCGGCGACGAAAACAAGAACGAGCCCUUGACGAAAACGACGGCACGAGACAUCCUGGCUCCACGCCUCUGA